AUGUCCGUUGUUGAGGCGAACGACGGCUCCUCGCUCACAGGCAUCCUCCUCCGCUAUGCCCUCUGGGCCACCGCCUUCCUUCUCACCAGCCAAAUCGCCAUCUUCCUAUACAAAACCUUGACAUCUCCGCUUCGCAGCGUCCCCGGUCCUUUUCUCGCCCGCUUCGGUCGCUUCUAUUACUUUUGGCGAGUCGCUCAAGGCCACUGGGAACAUGAUGACCUCGACCUGCACAAGAGAUACGGGCCCAUCGUCCGAGUUGGGCAGGACAUGUACAGCAUUGAUCAUCCCGAAGUGGUCAAAAAGGUAUACAGUAUCAACUCCAAAUUCCCCAAGAGCGAUUGGUAUUAUGCGUGGCAGCAUCCGGACCCAAACCGCUGGACCUUGUUCCCGGACAGGGAUAUGAAGAGGCAUGCAGAGACCCGCAAAAGGUUUCAGGCAAUGUACUCGAUGUCGAGUUUGGUGAAUUACGAGUCCUAUGUAGACUCGUGCGCCGAGAUCUUUGGGCGAAAGUUGUCUGAAUUCGCUGCAAAAGGUCAGACUAUCGACAUGGCGCAUUGGUUUCAAUGCUAUGCAUUCGACGUAAUUGGCGACAUUACCUACUCUCAACGGUUCGGCUUUUUGGAUAAAGGCGAGGAUAUUUCGGGACUGUUGAAGGCGCUGCACAGUGUCUUAAAAUACGGUGCCCUCGUGGGCAUCUACGCCAAGUGGCAUCCCUUGAUCUUCAACCUUUCGAGUCGUCUCGGGAUUGGCGGUGGUGAAGGUCGAGUGUGGCUGAUGAAGUACGUGAGUGAGAGAAUCAAACAACGAGAGGAAGAAAAGAAAACCGGCAUCGAUGUUGAGAAGAUUGGGGAAAGAGACGAGAAUGCACCGAUGGACUUUUUGGAGAAAUUGCUGGUGGCAAAUCAGCAUGAUCCGCAGAAGGUAACCCCUUAUCAUGUCUUCAUGAUGGGCUUGUCGAAUAUCAUAGCCGGCUCCGACACGACCGCUGUGAGCCUAUCUUCGAUCCUAUACAACCUGCUCAGGUAUCCGGACACGAUGCAAAAGCUUCGAAAGGAGAUUCAGGAAUUCGAGGAGCAGGGUAGGUGUGGCAAUCCUGCUGUAUCGUUCAAAGAAAGCCAGGAGAUGCCCUAUUUGCAGGCGGUGAUGAAAGAGGCGCUGAGAAUGCACGCUGCCACCGGUUUGCCAUUGUGGAGAGUUGUACCUGAAGGCGGCGUGGAGAUUUGUGGUCAAUUCUUUCCUCGAGGCACCACUAUUGGACUCAAUAGUUGGUGCGCUCACUAUAACGAGGACGUCUUUGGACCAGAUGCCAAACAAUUCCGACCCGAAAGAUGGAUUGAAGCUGAGAAGGAAGGCGGUGAAAAGCUCAAGAUGAUGGAUGCUUAUUACUUACCUUUUGGACUCGGCGCAAGAACCUGCAUAGGUCGACACAUUUCAUUCCUGGAGAUGUCCAAAUUGAUCCCACAACUCGUGAGGAGGUUCGACUUCGAACUGGAGCAUCCCGAGCGUGAAUGGGAUACCGUGAAUUAUUGGUUUGUCAAACCAAUAGAUUUCCGGGUCAAGGUCAUGCUCCGAAAGGAGUAA